CCUCGCGAAUCACAACAAAAUGGGGCUUUUUUGGUCAAUCUUCUUCUCGUCUCUUCCGGUGUUUCUCUUCGUCUUUUCACCAUCAUCGUCUGCGAAGAUACUUGAUGAUCCUCGCCAGGUGCCGUCCGAUUUUGCGUCGAUUCAGGCCAAGAAGCUCAUCAGACAGCUCAAUUUGGCCCCUGAUGCGGAUGUCAACAUUGUGCGCGGUGGGAAUCCUUCGGUCGAACCCAAGAAGAUCGUUGAGAGGCCACUUAGAUUCCCCAAUUUAGUGGCUUCCGAGUCUGGGGUUUCUGUCGAGGACUUGGGUCAUCAUGCUGGCUAUUACACGAUUGAGCAUUCUCAUGCAGCCAAGAUGUUCUACUUCUUCUUUGAAUCUCGCAACAGCAAGCAGGAUCCUUUUGUUCUUUGGUUGACUGGAGGACCUGGGUGUAGCAGCGAAAUGGCGAUGUUUUAUGAAAAUGGCCCUUUCAAAAUUGCGGACAACAUGUCCCUUUUGUGGAAUGACUAUGGUUGGGAUAAGGUUUCGAACCUUCUGUAUGUUGAUCAACCAAUUGGAACUGGCUUUAGUUAUAGUACUGAUAAGCGUGACAUUCGGCAUGAUGAAGAGGGUGUUAGCAAUGACCUUUAUGACUUCCUGCAGGCCUUCCUUGCUGAGCACCCUGAAUAUCAACAGAAUGACUUUUACAUUACGGGUGAAUCGUAUGCUGGGCACUAUAUUCCUGCCCUUGCAGCUCGAGUCCACAAGGGAAACAAAGCUAAAGAAGGAAUCCAUAUAAAUCUGAAGGGAUUUGCCAUUGGUAAUGGGCUUACUGAUCCAGCAAUUCAGUAUCGAGCCUAUCCAGAUUAUGCUUUGGACAUGGGCAUAAUUAAUCAAGCCACCCAUGACCGCCUCAACAAAGUGCUGGUGCCUGCCUGUGAACUGGGAAUCAAGCUAUGUGGUACUGACGGGACGGUCUCUUGCUUGGCUUCAUAUUUUGUUUGUAAUGUCAUAUUCAGUGACAUCAUGUUACAUGCUGGUGAUGCAAAUUACUAUGAUAUCAGAAAGAAAUGCGUGGGAAGUCUUUGCUAUGAUUUUUCAAAGAUGGAGAAAUUUCUGAAUCUAGAAUCUGUUCGGAAUGCUCUUGCGGUUGGCGACAUUGAUUUUGUGUCUUGUAGCCCUUCAGUUUAUCAGGCUAUGAUUAUGGAUUGGAUGAGGAAUCUUGAAGUUGGUAUUCCUACCCUUCUUGAGGACGGAAUCAAUUUGCUUGUUUAUGCUGGCGAAUAUGAUCUUAUCUGCAAUUGGCUGGGUAACUCGAGAUGGGUUAAUGCCAUGGAAUGGUCUGGCCAGAAGGAGUUUGUAGCUUCACCUGAAGCUCCCUUUGUUGUGGAUGGCUCAGAAGCUGGAUUGUUGAAGAGUCAUGGACCUUUAAGUUUCCUCAAGGUUCAUGAUGCGGGUCACAUGGUUCCAAUGGAUCAGCCCAAGGCUUCAUUAGAGAUGCUGAAGAGGUGGACUCGGGGGACCCUUUCCCAAUCUGGUGCUUACAUGGGAAAAUUGGUUGCGGAGAUGUGAUCUCUUUUGUUGCCUCGUUAGUCUUAGCGAAAAGGGUACAGGAGCAUUGAAACAAAAAGUGUUGGACUGAGUAGCUUGUGCAAUAAUACAUGUAUAUAUGAAACCUGUAUUACGCAAUAUCGGAUUUUUUUUUCCCAAAGUAACUUUUGGUACUCUUGGACUGUAUUUGUCAUAUCCAAAAUUAUACGUGGCUCAUUUAGAAAACAGAAACAGUGGGAUUAUACCAA